AUGCAUAUCGUUGAAGAGCUACUCGUCAUUUGUAAUAUAAAGAUGUGUAUUGAAGGGAGAGUAUGGGUCUAUUCCGUUCAUAUGCGGUGUACAAUGCAGUCGCUUUCUCGACGCGCAUUGCACACGACUGCUGCUGUUGCUCGAGGUCGAACAACCUUUUUCAACAUUCACAAAACAGUAACUGAUCCAGCCAAACAGGAUCCUGAUUACUUUGAGAAGGCCGCAAGAGAAUUGCCUCUAGACGAAAACUAUAUUGACGCUUUGGGAAAGCUUUACUAUGAAAAGAUCGGCUCAGAACGAGAUCUGGGACUAAAGGCCGCGGAUAACUUGGUGGCGGAUCGCGUUAAAUUUGGAUUGCCUGACUUAGAUCUCUCAGCUCCUCGUUAUCCAUACAAAGGCAUUGAUGUGCUAAAGGAUGCCCCGGAAAGUGUUAAGAAAAUCUUUAGCAUAGGAUUCGGUACACGGAGAGAUAUUACUAGCGAGUGGAAGUCUGAGUUGAUUGGUAAAGUAAAUCAGCAUACAUUGGACAACAGCAGUCUUGAGAUGAAAAUCGCGUGGAUGACUGCUCUGAUCCGCCAUUGGUCCCUUCUAGUCGAUGAGAUCUCUAAGCAAACUACAAAGAAGCCUACUUGGUUGACUCAUAGAAUAUGGUUAGUAAUCAACGCCAGAAGGAAAUUUCUUCGCUUAUUGAGAGAGAGGGAUACGGAAGCAUUUGAUAGGGUUUUAAAGGAACUGAAGAUUGCAUACCACGUUCAAAAACAACCUGAGCACGUUAAAACUCGAAAGGCGUGGGCUGAGGCUCAACUUCGCGCUCGUGUUGAGCAAGAGAAGGAGAGGCGUCUCGAAGAACUACAUCAACGGUACAUCAAAGAGCUGAAAGAGAAAUCAAAAGAAAUGGAAAAACGAAAGCAGGAACUCAAAAAAGAGUUACAGGAGGUAGAACAACGACUUCACGGAUUACUGGUGCUUGAAGGUAAAGCCACAGACGUUGUUGGAAAAUACCAUCCAUCACUAGUUGGGAACCUAUCGGAAACUGUGAUGCACUCCGCACUUUUCUACCACCCAAAGCCGGACAUGGUCAAGCAGUAA